AUGCUUAAUAACGGAAGAAUGCUUUCUUCCUUCCUCUCGUUACUCCUCCUAAUCAACUUGGCUCUUGCCUCAGGGCCCAGCUGGGCCGACCAUGGAGCUGGCGGUGGCCGCCCUGGCUUCCCAUUCCGUGGUUCCCACAACUUCCCCAACGGCCGCAAGCCCAGACCGAACCAGUUCAGAAUCCAAGUCUCUCGCUCGGGACGCAGAUAUCAGACCGGUAAACGCUACUGGGCGUUCUCUGGAGAUGAUGCCAUUGUUACCGACAACAUCAACGACGCUGCGUGGUUUUCGAUCAAGAACGGCCACCUGAAGUCCAACAACAAAUUCGUCAACCUGGAUGGUGGCUCUGGAUAUUCUGUGCUUGAGCUAUCCGAGAAGCCGGCCAAUGAUGGUUGUACCUUCUCCAGAAGCAACAAGGGAGAUAUCGACAUUACUCGCCGUGACUUCUCCGUCGGCAAAGGCCAUGGUAUCUUUUGUGCAAGCGAUGAUGGAAACAUCUUCGUGGUUGGGUCCAAGAAGCCGCCUUUCCGAUGCUAUGGACUAGGCCUCCGAUCCAAAGGACCUGUCCCACCAUCUCAAGGCCAGCCAUCUUCUCAGGAACAGCCCUCUCAAGACAAACCUGCUCAGGAACAACCACCUUCAUCACCGCCAUCCUCACAGUCUUCGCCGGACGCCUCUGCUGGAAGACCUUCGUCUUCGCCUGACAACGGAGUGCCUCAUACUCCAGAUGGCAAUACGGCAGAUCCAUACCCAGACCCAGGCAACGAUGAUUCCGACUUGGAAGACGAUGCGGACCUUCCAGAGAAUUCUGACGAUGGUAGUCAUCCAUCUUGGAACGAUAUGGGCGGAGAGCCCUCCAGUCCUGGCCCGUCUUCAGCAACUCCUGUCUCUCCCGCCAAAGCUACAUCAAUGUCUUCCGGGUCUUCAAACACACCUACUGCCGGCCCCAAGGACCCCAGCAAGCCAUCUUCAGGAUCCACCGGUGACCACCCGUGGAAAGACGUGCCUGGAGAUUCCAUGAAACCUACCUCAACACCGACCGCUUCUACAUCCCCAACCACCAGACCCAAAGACCCAAACAAGACCUCGUCAAAUAUUCCGGGAGCCGCCUCCGCGACACCGAGCCCUCACGAAUGGCAAGACCAGCCCGACCCACUCGAACCCUCGCCAACCACUACCGAUGGACCGAGUCCCACUGAGACUGACCAAUCCUGGUCUGAUGAGACGGAUCCACCUAAGCCAGACCCGUCCUCAGACCCCGAUCCCGAGGAGGAGCACCCUCAGCAGCCCGAGGACGGCGAGGACGGUGAGGAGCCCUCACGCCCGCAUGGACAUGGAUGGAAGUACUGGGGCAAUGCUAAUUAA